AUGGCCCGGCCCGUCGGGCGGCUGCUGCUGCUGCUGCUGGCGCUGGCGGCGCGGCGGGGCGCGGGCGGCGGGUGCGGGCUCUGCCGGCCCGAGCGCUGCCCCCCGGCGCGCUGCCCGGCGCCCGAGCUGGCGGCGCGGGACGAGUGCGGCUGCUGCGAGCGCUGCCUGGGCGCCGAGGGCGAGCGCUGCGGCGGGCGGGGCGCCGGGGGCCCGCGGGGGCCCCGUUGCGGCCCGGGGCUGGUGUGCGUGAGCCAGGCGCGGGGCGCGGGGGCGCCCGAGGGCACCGGCCGCUGCCUGUGCAAGGAGGACGGGGCGGUGUGCGGCUCGGACGGGCGCUCCUACCCCAGCGCCUGCGCCCUGCACCUGCUCGCCGGGCCCCGGCGCGUCCGCAAGGCGCACGACGGCGAGUGCCGGCUGGCUCCUGUGAUUGUUGUACCACCAAAAAAGAUUCAUAAUCUAACUGGUGCCCAAGUGUACCUGUCCUGUGAAGUGAAGGCAGUUCCCACUCCCAUCAUCACAUGGAGAAAGGUCACAGAGUCACCCAAGGGAGUUAAACUCCUGGAAGAAUUGCCUGGAGACAGAGUAAACAUGGCAGUCCAAGUUCGUGGUGGUCCUUCUAAACAUGAGAGCACAGGGUGGGUUUUGAUUAACCCGCUGAUGAAGGAAGAUGAGGGCAUUUACCAAUGUCAUGCUACCAACAUGGUUGGAGAAACACAGGCAGAAGGGAAUAUUAAAGUCACUGAGCAAAGUAAAAGUAAGAGGACUAACUUCCUAGAAUCAGAUGACAUGAUAUAGCAGGGGAGAAGUGAUUCAAUCUUCGCUCCAGGGAAACAAAGAUUGUCGAGCACAGGCUAAAAACAAGUCAAUUAGUGGCUUCCGUGG